CCGAGAUAUCGCUCAGUUAGGACUAUAAAGCCUCAAUCUCUCCAUCGAAAUCUCCGACCACAAUCUCAUCAAUAUCAGCACCACAGAUACAAUCCAGAUUCUCAGCAAAAUGCGCUUCCCUCUCACCACCGCUUCGGUUCUUUCCUUCCUGGCUUUGACCACGGCUCGGGUCAUCAAGCGUGAUAUUCCCACCAUCAUUCAGGACCUGACCCAGAUCAAUACCGACAUUGGCUCCCUCAGCGCUGCCGUCUACAGCUACGGGGGAGGGCUGCCCGCUGCCCUUGAGAUCCAGACUCAGGAAGCGGCCGUGGAGCAUUCACUCGACCAGGCGGCUGCCGACGUCAAUGGCACUGCUGUUUUCACUGUUUCUGAGAGUAACCGUGUGACUGAGGCUCUGACUCAGUUGGAUCCGGUCAUGCGCAGCUCUAUUGCCGCUUUGGUUUUGAAGCGAUCCCUCUUCAUCACCGCCGGCGUGGGAAGCACCAUCCGGACCAACCUCCAUGCGCCUCGGGUCAAGACCGAUGCUCUGUCUGUGGCUCUGCAGUCUAAGGCGGUCGGAGCCGACAAGGAGACCAUCCGUCAGGGAACUGGUGAUGUCGACGAUGCGUACGAUAAUGCCAUCGUUGCCUACGACAUGCAGAUGUGAAGGCUCUGGUCACAUAACCAAUCUUCGUCAUCCGACACGUCGAGUUGAGAUGAGAUGGGGGGGACUGCUUAGCUCGUUUGAGACUUAGGCUUGAG